AGGUGUGUCCAAAGUUUCGACUGGUGCUGUAUAUCGAUAUGGACUGUUCAGUAUUUCCUUUUAGUGAAGAGUUAUCCAUUAUUUUGAAUAUUUACUUUUCCCCUACUCAAGGAUACCAAUAAUGUAAAUUUUUCCCCAUAAAUGUCCAUUUGCAAAUGUCUGAUGUAUCAAGUAAGUGUUUCGAAUGAUCACUUAUGUUGUCACACACACUCAAUAGUGAGACCAAAAGAUACAGGAAGAAAUGCAUGGUAUGAAACACGAGUAAACACAUGAUGAUAYAUGAUACAUUCCAACAGAUAAUCUGGCACGAUAAUCACUAAUGUUGACUCUUGUUUCUGUUGCAGUUCAGCGGAAGAACAAAACAAUGACAGACUGUGGUUUUGAGAGGGAGUUUGUGGAUGCUCAUAAUGACUAUCGCAGGAAGCAUGGUGCCCCGCCCCUAGCGCUGAGCAGAGACCUGUGUAACUCUGCCCAGAAAUGGGCAGACCAUCUUCUGUCAAUCAAAAGCCUGAAGCACAGCUCCACCAAUCACGGAGAAAACCUUUACUACGCAUACAGCUCAACCCCCMAAAAACCUGUUGGGAAGGAUGCAGUGGACAGUUGGUACAGUGAAAUCAAAGAUUACCACUUCAAUAAGCCUGGCUUCAGCUCGGGUACAGGUCACUUCACCCAGGUGGUUUGGAAGGACUGCAGCGAGGUAGGUGUGGGCCUGGCCACAGAUGGGCAAACGAUCUUUGUAGUGGGCCAGUACCACCCAGCUGGCAACAUGUGCAACGCAGGCUACUUUGAGAAGAAUGUCCUACCACUGGGUAGCUCCACCUCUAGCGCCCCCAAAUGUUUCCCCACAGCCGGARAAGGAGGGGGCCUGAGUGUACUCCAGUCUAAAAUUGCCAGAUCCUCUUCACCUGCAUAUAAGGCUCCUCCUCAGGCRAACGGCACUGACCUGGGCCAGUUCCACAGAGACUUCCUACGGGCGUGUAACAACCAGCGAAUGGCACACGGAGCCCCAGCCCUCACACUGGACCCAGCCCUGAGUCAGGGGGCGCAGGCAUGGGCAGAAACUCUACUGGGAGAGCGGGUGCUGAAGAACUCAUCCUCCUCCCAUGGUGAAAAUAUCUGGGCCAAGACGGGGUCAGCGGGCAUCACUGCUACGGGUCAAGAGGUGGUGGACGCCUGGUACAAACAAGAGGAGAACUAUGACUUCUCCAAACCAGGACAUCAGGACAAAACAG